UUGGAGCCACUUUGGGUGGAAAAAAAUUAAUGAUUCAUGUAACCUAAAAUAGAAGAAAUCAAUUUUGUAGUUCUCACAGAUCAAUUUUUUCUUCCCAUGUUCUUUGAGAUAUCAAUCAAGUCUCCGUUCAUAGUCAAGUUAAGAACGAAAUCUGAAUCCUAAUUAUGUAAUUAACAAGCUGAAGAAAUGAAAGUCUUUUUGGAUUUGCAGAGGAAGGUAAACAACAAGAGAUAUGAAGAAAACGGUGCACAUUUUCUACUCCUCCAUCUUCUGCUACUCAUAAAUCUCAUGAUUUAUUCCUGUAUAAUAAGUAUAAAUUCAAAUCCUAUGAUGAAGAAAACGAAAUCAAUCUGAUGAUUAUCUUGAUUCUUGACCGAAAAUAUAGAGAGGAAAUAAAUAUUUAUUGUAUGGGAACUUUCGUUUCGAUUUAAAAUAAAAUACUAGAAAUAUGCUUCAAAAAAGAAUACCAGAAAUGGUUUUCUGCGGAAAAAUCUGUCCAAUAAAAAGAGAGGUAAUGUGCAUCCCGGUUUUAGAGGGUGUACAAAUUUGGACUCGGUAUAUCCCAAUCUCGCCGGGUUAUUUUUUCUCCAAUAAAUUAAUGGCUCAAUUGGUUUCCCCCAUCAUAGAGAAUUAAAUUAAAUAGUUCGCUUAAAGGAGAAGAAAAGAAUAAAACUUGCAUUGCGGAGAGAAUGAACAAGUUUAUUACCAGCAUAGUUAGGGUUCCUUCUCUUACUAGUAGAAGUAGAUUUCUUGUUCCAAACAGGAAUUCCCGACUUGUUACUUUUUUUACUUCUUCAAAAAAUGCUAGAGCGGACACAAGCUCCUCCUCUUCCUCAUCGUCAUCGUCACAACAACAAGGCCAAGGUCACAAAACAACAGGUGAGAAUAGUCAUACUUUAUGGGUUUCUGGUGCAACAAUGGCUACUUUAGUUAUGCUUGGUCUUCUUCAUGCUCGACGCCUCUAUGACGACAACCAGCUUGAAGUAGUAAGGGAUAAAGGGAUUGAAAUUGAAUUCUCACCAGAUGCAAAGGCUUCAUUCUUGAGGUUGCUACCAUUGCGUUCUAUUUCUCGCAUCUGGGGAUUCAUUACCAAUGUGGAAUAUCCUAUUUGGUUGCGUCCUUAUAUCUACAAAGCUUGGGCUCGAGCAUUUCAUUCAGAUUUAGAAGAAGCUGCAUUGCCUCUUGAUCAUUAUGCUUCUUUGCGGGACUUUUUUGUUCGCACACUUAAAGAAGGGUCAAGGCAGAUCGACCCUGAUCCACAUUGUCUGGUUAGUCCUGUCGAUGGAACAAUUUUGAAAUUCGGGGAGCUGAAAGAUUCAGAGGCCAUGAUUGAACAAGUCAAAGGGUUCUCUUACUCCGCUUCAUCUCUUCUUGGUACAAGUUCGUUUCUUCCUGUAGGCGAGGAGGAUAUAGUUGGAGAUUGUAUUGAAGAGAACAAUAUUGCAGAAGAAACAAGUAAAAAGUCAUGGUGGCGAAUUUCCUUUGCUUCUCCCCAAGUGCGAGAUCCAACCCCAGUAUGCAGAAGGAUGAAGGGUAUAUUUUACUGUGUAAUAUAUCUAAAGCCUGGUGAUUAUCAUAGAGUCCACUCUCCUGUUGAUUGCAGUAUUUUACUCCGACGCCAUUUCUCAGGCCGGCUUUUCCCUGUGAACGAACGUGCUACACGAACAAUCAGAAAUCUCUAUGUUCAAAAUGAGCGGGUUGUUCUUGAAGGUCGAUGGGCAGAAGGAUUUUUCGCGCUCGCUGCAAUCGGUGCAACAAAUAUUGGCUCAAUUGAGCUUUUGAUUGAACCUGAAUUGAGGACAAACAAGCUGAAGAAAAUUCUUCACACAGAGCCUCCAAAGGAACGCGAAUAUGAACCUCAAGGUGUUGGUGUGAUGUUGAAGAAGGGGGACGAGAUAGCAGCAUUCAACAUGGGAUCAACUGUGGUGCUCAUUUUUCAAGCUCCAAUAUCGAAAUCAAAAACUAAGGGACAAGAGGGUGAUGGUUGCGACUCAUCCGAGUUCAACUUCUGUGUCCAACGUGGUGAUAAGAUCCGACUGGGAGAAGCACUUGGCAGGUGGUCGGUCUGAGAUCUCUUAAAAAAUUAAUUCUACCCGGUGGGCACGCUACACCCGUCUUUUUGUUUUAGUGAGUGAUGAUGGUUGAUGGAUGAUGGAUCUUCUUCAACAGCAGCAAUUAGGUUGGCGCAACACUGGACAUUUUUUUGAAGAAUGUAUUUCUAGCUUAAAUUUUUAGUAGCAGUAUUCAAACAGUUGUAGUCGCACUGUAGCAAGUGUGACAAUUGUAUAGUAGCACUGUAGUUUUAAAAUUUUUGAAGUCAAGCUCAAUCAUGUCAAACUAAAAGGAGUGUGUUGAUCUUGAAUCUAGAUAGAUUACAAUGAAGGCCCUUUUCAA